AUGACUACUACCAACACCUACUCGGAGACCAAGGUCCGUCCCACAGGAUGGGAGUCCGCCCCAGACUCGGAGCGCUUCUCCCUGUCCCACAUGGGCCACAUCAUGCCCAAGAUCUACGUUCUGAUCGCCGAGGUCUUUUCCCUGCCGGAGCAGGCCGACAAAGAUGCCAUUAUCAAAAGCCUCGUUGCCGGAUUGGAGUUUGCCCUGUCGCAGUUUCCCCUUCUCGUUGGUGCCUUGGAGAUGGACGAAGCCAGCGGCCGUAUGUGGGUGUCCAAGAAGAAGACGUCCACUCUGAGCCUGCACGUCAAGCAUAUGCUCUCGACCGACGACUUCCCCUCCUACGAUGAGCUGGCCAGGAAAGGCUUUCCCGCAAAUCUGAUCGCAGGCCACCAGCUGCUCCCCGAGUCCGUCACCGCAAAGCAGCUGCACUCGCCCCUGGGCGACAACAGCCAAGAGGGCCUGGCCGUCGCCACGUUCCAGAUCAACUUUAUUGGCGGAGGCCUUAUCCUCGGUGCCGCCGUACACCAUUGCGUGUCCGACGGGCCCGGCUGCGAUGGCUUCCUGACCACCUGGGCCCAGAACAGUGCGGCUGCUGCCGAGGGCAAAUCCUUUGUGCCCAUCACCCCGUUCCGGAUUUCCGGCACGCCGCUUGACGUGGCUGACCCGUCGCCCGAUCGUAUCGCUGACCUGGUCGCGGCCUAUCCGGUCGUCAAGGAUGCCGGCGGCCCAAUGGCGCCGCCUCCAGCAGGCUUCCAGAUGCCGGUCUUUUCGCAGCAAAUGUGGCACUUUCCCCGCAGCAAGCUCGAGCAGCUCAAGAAAGCGGCCUCGCCGAAGCAGACAUCAACAGAAAGCACCCAUGUCGACAACAACAGCAGCAGCAGCUGGGUCUCCACGUACGACGCCAUCGUGGCCCUUCUCUGGAGCGGCAUCACGAGGGCCCGUAUCGACCUCUUCCACCCAGACCCCGAGACCACGGCGCUGAUGGUAAACGCGCUCGACACCCGUCGGAUCUGGAAACCGCCACUGCCCGGACGCUUCCUCGGCGUCGGUGCCGCGCCCGCCCGCUCCGAGCCCAUCGCCAUCCGCGACAUCGUGCAGCUGCCCGACAAUCUGCCGUGCCUCGCUGCGGCCGUGCGCUCGUCCAUCCGUGCCAUGACCCCCCAAUAUGUCACCGGCCUGCUCGAAUGGGUUGCCGGUCAUCCCGACCGCCGCUGGCUCGAGAUCGACAUUCGCUCCUUCUUGGGCAUGGAUCUCGCCGCCUCCAGCUGGCAGGGCAUGUCCGCCUACUCUCAGCACGACUUCGGCUUUGGCCUUCCCAGCGCCCUGCGCUGGCCCAGUCCGGCUAUGGACGGCUUUGUCUUCCUCUAUCCCAGCCGUGCUGCCACCCCCGGCGCUGACCCCGAUGAGGGCGUCGAGCUCUGCGUCUGUCUCGAGACCAGCUGCCAGCAGCGCCUGCUCAAGGACGAGCAGGUUCUGCAGUUUGCCCACCCCAGAGGCUGA